AUGAGUGUCCCAUAUUCUCAGGCCGAUUUGGAACUGAGGGUAACUGAACCAGGGCUUCUCCUUGGCUUCAGUCCCAAGUACGGAGUAGUCCAGCCCAGUUCCCUCAGGCUGGAUGGGAGUAUGAGGGAACCUCGACCACAAAUCGGUCCUCAGGUCCGUUUAAUCAUCUCUGUUCCAACAGGCCACACCGGAACUCCAUGCAGUCAACAGAGUUCUUUUAGUUGUGCGUCUGCCACGGAUAUUGCUUUGCAGCUCAUUGAAGUUUGGGAAUCCACCAUCUUCAUGCAUCACAUAGUUAUAGGGCUAGAGGGGAAAGCCGCAUCUGCUGCUAUCCGUGAAGCAUGGAGUUCUGCAGCUCCAAAAGUCCAGAGCCAGCCGACGCGUCGGGUAUCGAUACUUUCACGAUGUGCCUAUGAUAUCAUACAUGAUGCCAACUGA